AUGGCUGACUUCUUGUUACCACCGGGUACUAACAGCUUCCACCGGUUCACGCCUGAAUCCUUGGCUGCUAUUGAGAAACGAAUUGCAGAGAAGCUUGCAAGGAAUGCGAAGCAGGAAUAUAGAGAGCAGCUGGGUGAAGAAGAAAAACCUCAACCUCAGUUUGAUUUGCAAGCUUGCAAGAAGUUACCCGAUAUCUAUGGGACUGUUCCUCCAGAGCUCAUCGGAGAACCAUUGGAGGACCUUGACCCAUUCUACAAUGAUCGUAAGACCUUUAUAGUACUGAACAAAGGGAAGACAAUCUUUCGAUUUAGUGCCACUCCUGCCUUGUAUAUACUUAGUCCUUUCCAUCCAAUCAGAAGAGCAGCAAUUAAAAUUUUGGUACAUUCAUUGUUCAGUAUGUUUAUCAUGUGCACUAUUUUAACUAAUUGUGUGUUCAUGGCACAAUCAGAGACUCCGUCAUGGAAUAAAUAUGUUGAGUACACUUUCACUGGCAUUUACACUUUUGAGUCAUUGAUAAAAAUAUUGGCAAGAGGAUUUUGCAUGACAGAAUUCACCUUCCUUCGAGAUCCAUGGAACUGGCUGGAUUUCAGUGUUAUUGUUAUGGCAUACAUAACUGAAUUUGUGGACCUGGGCAAUGUCUCAGCCUUACGAACGUUCAGAGUACUUCGGGCGCUGAAAACAAUCUCAGUCAUUUCAGGACUGAAGACCAUUGUAGGGGCACUUAUCCAGUCUGUUAAGAAACUUGCUGAUGUGAUGAUCCUGACCGUUUUCUGCUUGAGUGUCUUUGCCCUCAUAGGCCUCCAGCUCUUCAUGGGCAACUUGCGACACAAGUGUGUCAGGGACUACACCAAGUUUAACUCCACCAAUGGCACAUUGUACUUGGAUGGUAGGAUGUGGAACACCACAGAAGAAUUUCUUAGUGAUACAGUGAACUAUUUCAGAAAAAAUGGUACAGAAGAUGUGUUACUGUGCGGCAAUAGCACUGAUGCUGGCACGUGUCCUGAGGGAUACAUCUGUCUGAAGGCCGGGGAAAAUCCUGACCAUGGUUAUACAAGCUUUGAUACUUUUGGCUGGGCCUUUCUCUCUUUGUUUCGUCUUAUGACUCAAGAUUGUUGGGAACGUCUUUAUCAACAGACUCUCAGAUCUGCUGGGAAGAUCUACAUGCUUUUUUUUAUGUUAGUCAUCUUUCUGGGCUCAUUUUAUCUGGUCAACUUGAUUCUGGCUGUUGUGGCCAUGGCGUAUGAAGAGCAGAACCAAGCCACUAUUGCCGAAACGGAGGAGAAGGAAAGAAAGUUUCGGGAAGCCAUGGAGAUGUUAAAAAAGGAGCAGGAG